UUUUGAGUGGCGCGCGCUCCGGACUGCAGAGGGUUGAACAAGAAGCGCACGCGGUACCAGUUUGAAUUGGGAGCUCGUUGUGUAUCACGCUGUUCGAGUCGAGUACACACGCUUCAGGACUUAUUUCAGAAAGUUGAGUUGUUUUUUUUUGUUCAAGGGGAACAGCACUGAUUGUUUUUCAAGAAUGCAUGCGACUGUCUUUUCUGUGUGGGUCCUCUUCAUAUCCCUACUGGACCAAGUGAGUGCAAACGUAGCCGUGGUGGGCAAAUAUGGUGAAACUGUUGAGCUGCCUUGCAACAAAGGAGACAUCAAAGUAGAGGACAUCCUGAUAGCUAAAUGGAGAUAUGACAAUGCGGGCGGCAUCGACGUUCAUCUUCUGACAAAAUCAAAUACACAGAAUGCCUCGUUUGCCCCAGUUGCGGAGUACCAGGGCAGACUCGUCCUCACACAGGACCUCAACCUAAAAAUUUCCCAGGCCAAAAUGGCUGAUCAGAGGACAUUUACCUGUAUGGUGGUGACAGGAGUGGAUAUAUAUGAGCAUCCAGUUGAUGUGACAAUCGAGAAGGCUCCGUCUCCACCCACAAUCACAAAUCAAGCCAAAGUGUUAGCGCUUGGCAAUCUAACAACGCUGGCAGAAUGUACUACUAAAGAUGCUAGUCCAGCAGCUCACAUUGUCUGGCUGAAGAACAAUGUUAUACUGGUAGAAACUGACAAAGUGAUCGCCAUCACAGAGGAUGCACAGAAAGACAAAGUCACUGGCCUCUGGACUACAUCCUCCAAGCUGCAAUAUUCAGCUACGAAGGCAGAUAUGAAUUCCAAGUUCACUUGUGCCAUCAAGCAUAAGAGCCUCGCUUCGGACCUCGUGUCUGCUCCUAUGACCUUCGUCAUUCCCUACCCUGGUGAAAAGGUCACCCUCCAGGUUGUGGCUGCACUCCCGAUAAAGGAGGGAGACAACGUGACCCUGAAAUGUGCAGCUGAUGGGAACCCCCCACCGACCAAGUACAACUUUUAUAUCAAGGGAAAGAAGGUGACCACUGACAACUCGGACAAUUACACCUUCCCGAAAGUCACCCGGGCCGACAGUGGAGAAUAUAAGUGCUCCCUGGUGGACGACGAAGCAAAGGCAGGCUCUGCCAGUUUUACCGUAGUGUACUUGGACAUCACCAACGUCACCAAAGGAAAGAUUGUUAAACUUUUGUCUGAGAGCUUUGAGGCAACAUUAGAUGUAGACCCCUAUAAAGGUACACAAGUGUCAUGGACAAAGGACAACGUAAAACUGAGCGGUAAGCCCAAGUUUGACAAGCUGAAGUACUCAGACUCUGGAGUGUACGAGUGUGUGGUUUCCUUGGAAGGAAUUGUCAAAAAAGCAUCAUUUGAGCUGAGUGUCCGAGAGCUCUUACAGGACUCCGCUGAGAGAUACUGCUAUUCCGACCAUUUUUGACCUAACCGGCCACCUCAGUAACCCACACAGCAGACAUCGAAAACGGAUUAAAAUUUUGGUACACUGUUCUUUUCAACUAUUAAAGUUUUAAUGAAGCUUAA